AUGAAGCAUACGGGACUGUUUGCGCUACUGGCCUGUACAGCAGGUGCUGUAGUUCUGCCAAUUCGAAAUGCACUCGACUACCCUGGUAUUCAGUUUGGAUCGGACAAGAAGCUCUCAAUCAGUGUCUUCAGUGACCUGCACUUCGGCGAGCCCGAGUCUUCACGCGGUCGACUUGAUGCAGACCUCAAGACUGUCGGUGUUAUGAACUCGGUCCUCGACAAUGAGCAACCUAAUUUUGUGGUCCUCAACGGUGACCUCGUAUCUUGCGAGUGGGUUGCUCCUGACAAUCUGAAUGCGUUGACCGAUCAAAUCCUUGCUCCUUUGGUAAACCGUAACCUUCCCUUUGGCGCAACAUUCGGCAACCACGAUGCGUCCAAGACUUGCAGCACUGCUUCGAUGAGCGACCACAUGUGGAACGAUGUCAAAGGCAAGAAUGGUCAGAAGCUAUCCUACACAACUCAGUCCGUAUCUGGUGAUUACGAUCAAGUCGGCCAGAGCAACUACUUCAUCCCCGUCUACAGCUCUACCGACAGCAAUGAACUCAAGAUGCUGUUAUGGUUCUUUGAUAGCAAGGGUGGCCGCAAGUAUCAACCUACAGGCGAUGACGUCCAGCUGCCCAACUGGGUAGAUCAAAAGGUCGUCGACUGGUUCUGUAGCACCAACAGUGACCUCCGCCAACAAUACGGCCGAGCCAUUCCAAGUCUCGCUUUCGUCCACAUCCCCAUUCACGCAACCUCGUCCUUCCAACACGAUGGCUAUGGUAGCACCACAAACCCCGGUAUCAAUGAAGAGGUCAUCGGCCAACAAGGCGAUAGCUGUGACAUCUCAGGCAACAACUGCAACUACAACGGCGCAGACAUACCCUUUAUGAGUGCGCUCGUCAAAACUGAGGGUCUCAUGGCUGUCUUCUCCGGCCACGAUCACAUGGUCGAUUGGUGCAUGAAGUGGUCUAAAGACCUGCCCAAAACAUCGCCUGCUAACGGCAAUGGCCUCAACAUCUGCUUCAAUAGGCACUCUGGAUAUGGUGGCUAUAGCGAUUAUACACGUGGUGCGAGGCAGAUUGUUGUGGGAGAGGAUUCGCUGGGACAGAAUGUGGUUGAUACUUGGAUUCGGCUGGAAGAUGGGAAGAUUUCAGGUCAAGUGUCACUGAACUCGACGUUUGGUACAGAUCAGUAUCCCGUGGUUGAUAAGUCGAAGACCUCAGAGGUUUAG